AUGGCGACGACAAGAUCGUCCAUCCUCGUUCUCGUGACGAUCUGCUUCCUCCUCGCCGCUCCUCCGGCCUACUCCGAACGCCGAGGCUUCUUCCGUGCCACCAUGACCCGCAACCAACCGGCCAUCAACCUAACGCGGGCGGCGCACAAGUCUCGCCAACGGCUGUCCAUCCUCGCCGCCCUGCUGCUUGACGCAGCAGCCUCAGGGUCAGGGAGCGCGCAGACGCCGCUGCAGAUGGACAGCAGCGGCGGCGCAUACGACAUGACCUUCUCCAUGGGCACGCAGCCGCAGAAGCUGUCGGCCCUCGCCGACACCGGCAGCGACCUCAUCUGGGCUAACGGCCUCUGCCGUACGCUGGAGUCCCAGUCGCUGGCGACGUGCGGCGGUGCCGGCGCCAGCGCCAGCGCUAGCGGCGCGGUGUGCGACUACAAGUACUCGUACGGCCUCGCCAGUGACCCGCACCACUACACGCAGGGUUACAUGGCGAGCGAGACCUUCACGCUCGGCGGCGACGCCGUGCGAGGCAUCGGCUUCGGCUGCACGACCAUGUCGGAGGGCUGGUACGGCUCCGGCUCCGGCCUCGUUGGGCUCGGCUGCGGGAAGCUGUCCCUCGUCAGGCAGCUCAAGGUCGGCGCCUUCUCCUACUGCCUCACCAGCGACACCUCCAAGUCGAGCGCUCUCUUGUUCGGCGCCGCCGGCGACCUGAUGACAGGCGCCGGCGUCCAGUCCACGCCGCUCCUCAAGACGUCCACCUACUACACCGUGAACCUGACUAGUAUCUCCAUCGGCGCCGCGACGACACCCGGGACUGGGAGACACGGCAUCAUCUUCGACUCCGGCACCACGCUGACGUUCCUGGCGGAGCCGGCGUACACGCUCGCCAAGGUGGCGCUCCUGUCGCAGGCGACGAACCUCACGAGGGUUCCGGGCACGGAUGGGUACGAGGUCUGCUUCCAGACGUCCGGCGCUGUGUUCCCGUCCAUGGUGCUGCACUUCGACGGCGGUGACAUGGCCCUCAGGACGGAGAACUACUUCAGGGCGGUGGACGACAGCGUGAGCUGCUGGAUCGUGCAGAGCUCGCCCAGCCACAGGUCCAUUGUCGGCAACAUCAUCCAGAUGGACUACCACAUCCGAUACGACCUGGACAAAUCGGUGCUGUCCUUCCAGGCGGCUAACUGCGAGACUUUCUGA